AACCCUAACCAUGGUUACUCUUAGCCAACCCAGUAACCCUUCGCUUUUUCUUGCUCUCCUCCCAGCCUUUAGACCACAUUCCUGCUUGGCUGCUUGUCUUUUCAUCCGCAACAAAAUAAUAUGAUAUACAUAUAUAUAUGUAUAGAUAGAUAUAGAUAUAGUUAUAGAUGUAGGGAUGGUAUCGGAUGGAAUUGAAUUGGAUGAAUAAACAAAAGAAAGGGAAAGACGAUUUCGGCGGCUUUUCAUAAGCUUUCAAGGAUUUGUUUAUUCUAUUUAACAGAACAGAAGGUUUAGGUUCAAUGGGUUUUUGGAUGAGAGAGAGAGGAACAAAGGCGGAAAGGGAUGGUUGUUGCCAGAAUUUGGAUGUUGGUCAAAGAUACUAAUCCAGUUGCUUUAUGCUUUCCUACAGAGAGAGAGAGAGAGAGAGAGAGAGAGAGAGAAGGUAGUGAUCUGAAAAACAGUGGGUGCCUUUUGGAAUGGUUUUUGGGUUCAAUACAAAAGCAAAUGGUAGGUUGUAGAUUAAGUUUCAUAAAUGAUUUGAUUUAGGUGGUCUGGUUUUUCUGUCUGUGAGUAUAUGUUCAGAGGAAGAUAGAUGGGAAAGAAGUCUCGAAAAACGAAGGCACUCUCAAUAGCAAUAGCAGAAUCUUCAUCAACAGGAGAUAUUGAUCAAUCCCAGCAACAAGCACAGCUUCAGACCCCUAGAAAGAGAGGUAGGCCUCGAAAGAUCGUCGAGAGACCUGACAUCCAAGAUCAAAAAGAAGAACAACUUGUAUCAGAUGAAGCCCAAGUGGCUGCGAGAGAGAAUCAAUCGAAGAAAGUGAAAAUGGGCAGGGAAGAACAGCAAGAACAACAACAAGUGCAGCAUCAACAAGAACAGCAAAAGCUGAAGGGAGAAGGUUCAUCUGCCUCCAUGAGAGGGAUAAAGAAGGAAGGGAAUGAAUCCGAGAAGAUGGAGGUGCCAAGUGAAAGUAGCCUAAGAAGCAGAGCUAGACGCAAAAGCAAACCCAGGAAGAGCAGCUAGCAGCUGAGCUGAGUGGUAAUAAUAAUAAAGCACACAUUUUUCUUUAUCAACAAGGAACCAGCAAUUCAAGGUGCAUAAACCCAAAAGAUUCUUCCUUGUUUUAUGCCUUCCAUGCUGUAGCUUUCGGAUUCAUCAUUCGCUUUUCUCUCUUAUCCCAUUGAAAUUUCAAAGAGAGAAAAAAACAUAUCUUCUUUACCACUUCAGAAUCAUUUACCACUAAUUUAUUUCUCUGCAAAGAUAAUUUUCUGCAGAAGCCAAGAAUUUUAAGAAACGUAUCACACUUUCAACAGAUAAGAUAUUGGUUUGCAUUA